ACUUUUAUAUGAAUAAGGUGAAGCCGUAAAGAGAACCGUUUGGUAAAAACACCCGGUCCAACCUAAAACCCUCUUCGAAAACCUCUUCGUCACUCAAAAAUGGAGGAGGUCAUUUUGGCGUCGUCCUCCAUGGACGGCGGCGUAGGUCGCUUUGACUUAGAUGUUAUCCCCGAGAAAUACCGUAAGGAGGGGGCGCCGUCGUCUUACAAAACAUGCUUGUCCCCUCCUCACGGCCUCGUUUCCGUUGGCGGCCGUUUCCUAGCCUCCUCUCAGCUCCGGGAGUCCUCCACUUCCGGCCUCAUUCAUUACUGGUCAUGGAACAAGCCUCAGCCGGAAGUGAGGAGUUUUCCGGCAGAGCCAAUUAAACCCUUGGUGUCGAAUCGCGAAGGUACAUACCUAAUUGGUGGCGGCGUUUCAGGCGAUAUUUUUGUUUGGGAGGUUUUUACUGGUAGAUUGCUCAAGAAAUGGCGUGCGCAUUAUGGGGCAGUUUCAUGUUUGACAUUAUCCGAUGAUGAAUCCCUGCUAAUAUCUGGUGCAGAAGAUGGACGUGUUAAAGUUUGGUCGCUCUUCAUGAUGUUUGACGAUGCUAGAAGAAAGGAAGCGAGGCAUGACCAUGUACAUAAUUUUCGGGAGCAUACUCUACGUGUUACAGAUGUCAAAUCAGGUCAUGGUGGAUCUAAUGCUGUCAUUAUUUCUGCUUCUGAAGAUCAAACUUGUAAGGUGUGGAGCUUGGCAACAGGAAGAUUGCUGCGGAACAUUAUAUUCCCGUCUGUUAUUGAUGCAAUUGCCAUUGAUGUGGGAGAGUAUGCUUUUUAUGCUGGCGGUAGAGAUGGCAAAAUAUACAUAGCUGCACUUAAUGCUUUAACUACGAGCAGUAGUACUGACUAUGGGAAGCAUAUCAUUGGCUUUAUAGCUAACUCAAGCUGUAGGGCUGUUACCUCUCUAGCAUUCCGUGCUGAUGGAUUCUCGUUGGUUUCUGGAUCAGAGGAUGGACAAAUUCGCGUAUGGGAUACUAGAACUCGUGAUAUUGUUCGCCUAUUUCCACACGGUAAAGGUCCAGUGACCAACAUUCUGAUUACUAGGUCUCCAGAGAGAGAAUUGAAGUCCCAAGCUUCUCUUGGAAAGAGGACCUCAUUACCUCCUCCACUUGAAAAAUAUGCAAACUCUAGUGACGAACCUGUGGGCACAAAGGCUUUUAUUGGUUGUGACAGCUCUUCUAAUCAAGCUGGUGGUUCUUGCCUCAUUGAACAUGUGAUGAACAACCAAAUCAAAGAGUUUCAGCAACAAGGUUCAACUACUGCGGCAGAAAUGGAAGUUGAGCGACUAAAGCUGGAGUGCAUGACAGCAAAGCAGAUGGUCCAACAAUGGAAAAAUAUGUACGAUCAUUUGCAUCAGUUUUGUGUUGAUGAACUUGUUGAUGAUAGUCAAGCUAAGCAUAUUAAAAUUAAUUCUGCUUGAAGAUAUUAUUGCAAAGGGUGAUGCAAGUUAUCCAGCUAUGGAAAAAGAAGUGUGAUAAUUUGCAUCAGUUUCGUGCACAUGAGCCUGUGGAUGACACUCGGGCAAAACAUAGUAAUACCAAAUUCGAUUCAGGUUUUGCUAGUGUCGUAACAGUUUUCAAGUUUUGUAUGCUAUGAGGCUCCGUAGUUCUCAUUUGGUUCGUUUUUGAUCAUCUUUCAAAAAAUAUUUGACAGGGAUAAACAUUACUAAUUAUCAGCUAUACAACAUCUGCAAUGAUAAAAUAGAUCAGUAUACCACAAAUUUAGAGAAAAUACAUAA